GAUAUUUUUAUUGUAUUGGCAACAUUGAAAUCGAAAACGUCAAGCAGCCGAGUUCCUUUUGUCAAUCUCUUUUCGAGGUUAAGGUGUCACUUUGUGAAGAUCACAAUGGGGCGCCGUCCGGCUAGAUGUUACCGGUACUGUAAAAACAAACCGUACCCGAAAUCACGGUUUUGCCGUGGUGUGCCGGACCCUAAGAUCCGUAUCUUCGACUUGGGAAAGAAGAAGGCGUCAGUAGACGACUUCCCACUAUGCGUGCACUUGGUGUCCGAUGAGUACGAGCAGUUGUCCUCGGAGGCGCUGGAGGCAGGCCGUAUUUGCUGCAACAAGUACCUCGUGAAGAACUGCGGCAAGGAUCAGUUCCACGUCCGCAUGAGGCUGCAUCCAUUCCACGUCAUCCGCAUCAACAAAAUGUUAUCGUGCGCUGGAGCUGAUAGGCUCCAGACUGGGAUGCGUGGUGCGUUCGGCAAACCGCAAGGCACCGUAGCCCGCGUGCGCAUUGGACAGCCCAUCAUGUCCGUGCGCUCCAGUGACCGCUGGAAGGCGCAGGUCAUCGAGGCUCUGCGUCGUGCCAAGUUCAAGUUCCCUGGUCGCCAGAAGAUCUACGUCUCGAAGAAGUGGGGCUUCACCAAGUACGAACGGGACGAGUUCGAGCGCCUCCGCGAAGAGGGCCGCCUAGCCAACGACGGCUGCAACGUGCGCUACCGCCCCGAGCACGGCCCCCUCGACUCGUGGCGCAAGGUGCAGACUGAAAUCUACAGCGUCUAAACACUCGUGACUUAUAAUAAAACUGUAAAAAUGUA